CAUCUUGGUGGUGAGCAUUGUCUUGUGAGUCGUGGCGCCACUGUCUGUUGUGCCCGAGCAAAGUGGAGACAAGCAAAGUUUGGAUAUCCGUGAAUUGUGGACCCGACGGUCAUGUCGAAGCAAAUUCCCGACAGCGGCACGAAGUCAGACCAGGAGUAUGAGGACUUCGAGCUGACCCCGCUCAGGUACCGGCCCGAGGGUCUGGACCAGCUGAGCGAGGCCACGCGGUUCUCGAAGGAGGAGCUGCAGUUCAUGUACCGAGGCUUCAAGCAGGAGUGUCCCACGGGCGUCAUCUCCGAGGAAACCUUCAAGCAGAUCUACGGCAAGUUCUUCCCCGUCGGAGGACAACCCGAGGAUGGCACCGGAAGAAUAUGCCCCCCAGACUCGGCCAUGUACGCCCACUAUGUGUUCGGCACCAUGGACCAGGACGGCUCCGGCUCCAUCACGUUCGGCGACUUCAUCAUGGGCCUCUCAGUGCUCCUGAAGGGGACGCUGCAGGAGAGGAUCAACUGGAUAUUCAACUUGUAUGAUAUAAACAACGAUGGGUACAUAACAAAGGAGGAGCUGAUAGACAUUGUUACAUCUAUUUAUGACCUGAUGGGUGAUCAGACGAGCCCAGCCAUUGAUGACGGAACACCAAUAGACCACGUGGAACGGAUUUUUGAGAAACUCGACCUCAACAAGGAUGGCGUGGUUACUAUGGAUGAAUUUGUGGAAUACUGUUCGAAGAAUGAAAAUGUGAUCCAGUCAUUCAAUAUCUUUGAUGAAAUCCAGUAGCAGCAGAGGCACAGAUUUGUCAUUCCUCUGCUAAUGGUGGUGCUUACGACAUCACUCCAGACCUCUCGGCAAGAUGUGCUGAAGGGGUACACAGACAUGGCAACAAGAUGUUUAGUGUCUGUUGUUGCCACAAACAGUGAAUAGCUGCAGACUGCAGCCUGUUACACAAUACCUGCAAGGGAUGCAGCAAGGUGAAUCUUUAUUGCCACCAGCAGUUGAGUGCAGGCAAAGGUGGAUGAGGAGGCUAAAAGUGAAAGAAAAAAGCCGUUUUAGGCCAAUGGAAGUGAGUAUGGUUGUUACACAAAGGGAGUUGUUGGACUCUACACUCACCCGGAGGUAGAGUGACGGUGUUUAUAUUUUUGACAUUCCAAAAUUUGGAAUGUUUGAAUAAUGGACAAGUUAUGUGAAUUU